UUUCUACCACUUGGCACAGUAACGAUGACGACGUGUACCGGGCCCCUCCGAUCGACCGCUCCAUCCUGCCCACCGCCCCGCGGGCUGCUCGGGAACCCAACAUAGACAGAAGCCGCCUCCCGAAAUCCCCCCCCUACACCGCCUUUCUGGGAAACCUGCCCUAUGACGUGACGGAAGAAUCCAUCAAGGAUUUCUUCAGAGGACUCAACAUAAGUGCUGUACGUUUGCCACGGGAGCCUACCAAUCCGGAGAGGUUGAAAGGUUUUGGUUAUGCCGAGUUUGAAGACAUAGACUCCUUGUUCCAGGCUCUGAGCCUCAAUGAAGAGUCCCUAGGGAACAGGAGAAUACGAGUGGACGUCGCCGAUCAAGCUCAGGAUAAAG